CAGGCACCUUUCUUGCACAUCCAUGUUGUCUCUACGGCUGAAAUCAACUAUCCAGGAGAUGGUUCAGCGACGUCUCGACAGAGUGGAUGAGGUCGACCAUGUACGUGGCUUCGACCAUCCUGAGCCGCGCUCGCAUAUAGUUGCGGCUUCCAAACAAGCCUCAAAGGUUCCCGCAUCAGGGGAUGAAGGGUCGGAUGAAGGGGUCUUUUGUCAAUUUAAACCUCGCCGAGGCUCCUAUCUUUCCAUCAUGACACGGAACUUUUCGGACGUUGGAUGGCAAGCAAGAAUUGAAGUCCAGAGGGUACAAGGGGAGAUGGGCCAAUCUUAGCAGAAGCGAGGUGUCACUGUUUGAUUUAAGGUUGCGCCAGUCGGAAUUUCUGACUGGACAUGUCAACUAUAUCGUGAGUGGACCCGCGAGCUCGUUGUAUUUACCCGCAUCAACGUGCCUGGAUCAUGCGAACCCCCAAUAUUGGCCUGAUUUCAAGAUCAGCCAUUCAAUCCUGUCAGAAACGACUACGGGAUACAUCCUUCGCGCUGUUGAACUGAAAUGUACCAUCAUACGCUGCAUAGGUCGAACAGAGGAGUCCCUGGGCUUCCAAAGUCACAAUUACCGAUCAAGAAUUCAGCAUAGGCAGUCGAUCACCAAGGAUACCACAUGGAAAAGUCAAAACCCCACGUUGAUCAGCUCUAAGUAUUCUCCGUUCGGUAUGCCCGUAUACUCUCUAUGUGGGGUACUCCAAACUGUCGCGUGUGUGGAGCUGUCAGUAUACUAUAAGCCAGGCUCAGGGUUGUAUAAACUCUUCCUCAUACGGAAGAGGGCACACAGCCCUAGCUAGCAGACUCCGUCCUUUACUCGGGAGAUUAGCCCAUCAGUAUCUUUCGUUGGAGUGUUUAAGAGUCACUGCCGCUGCCACAGGCCGUCUGAGGAAAUCCCGCGGAAUCGGUGGUGUCCAAAGGUAAAACGUCAUCCUUCUCACCAGGCCAUUGACCCCACAAUAUGAGUUAUGGAGAAAAGGUCCGACAUCGUCCCCUUUUUUGUAGGCUCGCUGGGUUCUGCUCGAUGCGGAGGCCACCGAGCAAGCCGUCCAACAGGUUCCAGUAGAUGUGACAGGCUUAGACCUAGCGAGGGAAAAAUGGCCGCACAUGAGGGCGGAAUACCUCCGCGCUGGCCAGCGUGGACCAGGGUCAACUAGUGAUGGAAGCAACUUUCCAUCGGGGGAGCGCGGAAGGGAACGCGCGGGAUCCGAGCGAGGGCCUGCCCGAUGCACAUGCUGAGCAUGCGGUCCGAAGCAGGACUUAGUUAGCUGGAGUCAGCUUUGUACUCCACAGUCAUCAAAUUGAGGAUGUGGCUCAAAACGGGCAUCCGGCAUCCGUUGAGUCCCAGCGAGGUGGUUGCCACUCGCCGAACACCCGCUCUGACUUUUCGAGGUGGCGGUCACGUUGCUCGGGCCAAGCGACGAUGCUCGAUCUCCCGGACGGGUGAGCCGAAAGGGCCUUAUCCGAGGGAAUGGGGAAUGGGGAUUGAUCCUGGGUCUGGGGACGAAGGCGGCCAAGUUAUGAUUCGCCGUCUGGAGAGCGCGGAGUAGUGAGUGGGGUGGGGAGGAAGACAUUGUGAACCUUGGUGAACCUUGUGAACGGAGGAGGAGUGGCCUUCUCGUUCAGGCUGCUGGCCGAGUUUACGUUCCGGGCAAGCCAUUUGGCCCCACGCCGCGCAUCCGCACGCCUUCUCCAGCCGAGGGCAACGAUGCUAUAAGAUAAGACGCGGCGGACGGAAUCUAACUUGGAGGAUAAUCUUUGGUCUUAUAUGAAUAUCUUGGAUACCCCAGCCUCAAAUUCCUUGACUGGCCGUUCAUUUUCUCUUUUCUUUCCCGAAUAACCUCAUGACCCUCGAAUAGGAUCGGGCUAUCGAUACCGGGAUAUAUACAAUCUCCAGAAUCGCUAUCGACAAGCUUCCGCUGCAGUAGCCAGUUAUCUGCGAGAGUCGUGCAGGAGUCUUUCGUGGUCUUCGGCAGGUCAAAGGUCCACUUCGCGCCGGCCUCCCCCGUGGUCAGACCACCUUGGCCUUCUCGUCCUUUGUCCCUUUUCAAUCUCUCCCCUCUCAGGGUCUUCUCUUUUGGUUCUUGCGGUCAUUUUAGAUUUCCCACGGACGAACUUGUGCUUUUUUUUCUGCCGAGUCUCCCUUUUUUGCCUCUUCCGACUUUUUGGAUCUCGUCCGCCCGCCCAUUUUCCGCCCCCCAUCCCCCCCACUGGCGCCGCCCGCCGACUAACACUCCGACUUCGACAACCCCCAUCUGUCCUCCGCUCCGUGUGUUUUGCGGAAACGGACCAAUUGGAAGAUCUCGCUCUCUCUCUCCCCCUAAACUCCCAGCCAUAAUGGCGCAACUCGACACCCUCGAUCUGAUCGUCCUGGUGGCUCUCUUGGUGGGUAGCGUGGCCUACUUCACCAAGGGCACCUACUGGGCCGUUCCGAAAGACCCCUAUGCCUCCUCUGCCGCUACCCUGAAUGGCGCCGCUAAGGAUGGCAAGACGCGCGACAUCGUUCAGAAGAUGGAGGAGACGGGCAAGAACUGUGUGAUUUUCUUUGGCUCCCAGACUGGUACUGCCGAGGACUACGCCUCGCGCCUGGCCAAGGAAGGCUCUCAGCGCUUUGGUCUGAAGACCAUGGUCGCGGAUAUUGAGGACUACGACUACGAGAACCUGGAUAAGUUCCCCGAGGACAAGGUCGCCUUCUUCGUGCUGGCCACCUACGGUGAAGGUGAGCCGACCGAUAACGCGGUCGAGUUCUACCAAUUCUUCACCGGUGACGACGUCGCCUUUGAGAGCGGCGCCGCUGCCGAGGAUUCCCCUCUCUCGUCCCUCAAGUAUGUCACAUUCGGUCUCGGAAACAACACUUAUGAACACUACAACGCCAUGGUUCGCCAGGUCGACGCCGCCUUCACCAAGUUGGGUGCGCAGCGCAUUGGAACUGCCGGUGAGGGUGACGAUGGUGCUGGUACCAUGGAGGAGGACUUCCUCGCCUGGAAGGAGCCCAUGUGGGUUGCUCUGACUGAGGCUAUGGGUCUCCAGGAACGUGAAUCUGUCUACGAACCGGUCUUUUCUGUCUCCGAGGACGACGAGAAGUCCCCCGAAGAUGAGUCCGUCUACCUGGGAGAGCCGACCUCUGCCCACCGCGCUGGCCAGCCCAAGGGUCCCUACUCUGCUCACAACCCGUACAUUGCCCCGAUUGUCGAAUCCCACGAACUGUUCACUGUCAAGGACCGUAACUGCCUGCAUAUGGAGAUCAGCAUUGCUGGUUGCAACCUGACCUACCAGACUGGUGACCACAUCGCGAUCUGGCCCACCAACGCCGGUGCCGAGGUCGACCGCUUCCUCCAGGUCUUUGGUAUCGAGAACAAGCGUCACUCCGUCAUUAACAUCAAGGGUAUUGAUGUCACUGCCAAGGUUCCCAUCCCGACUCCCACCACCUACGAUGCCGCCGUUCGCUAUUACAUGGAAGUGUGCGCCCCCGUCUCUCGUCAAUUCGUCUCGAGCCUGGCUGCCUUUGCUCCCGAUGAGGAGACUAAGGCAGAGAUCGUUCGUCUAGGUAACGAUAAGGACUAUUUCCACGAGAAGAUCACCAACCAGCGCUUCAACAUCGCCCAGGCGCUGCAAAGUCUCACCGCCAAGCCGUUCAGUGCCGUUCCGUUCUCCCUGCUCAUCGAAGGUCUCAACAAGCUCCAGCCCCGUUACUACUCCAUCUCUUCCUCAUCCGCAGUCCAGAAGGACAAGAUCAGCAUCACUGCUGUUGUCGAGUCCGUUCGCCUGCCUGGUGCCUCGCACAUGGUCAAGGGUGUCACCACCAACUACCUCCUGGCUCUCAAGCAGAAGCAGAAUGGCGAUCCCUCCCCCGAUCCUCACGGUCUGACUUAUGCAAUCACUGGUCCUCGCAACAAGUACGACGGCAUCCAUGUUCCCGUCCACGUCCGCCACUCCAACUUCAAGCUCCCCUCCGACCCCACCAAGCCUAUCAUCAUGGUUGGUCCCGGUACUGGUGUUGCUCCUUUCCGCGGUUUCAUCCAGGAACGUGCUGCUCUCGCCGCCAAGGGCGAGAAGGUUGGUACUACUGUGCUGUUCUUCGGAUGCCGUAAGCGUGAUGAGGACUUCAUCUACCAGGACGAGUUCAAGACCUACCAAGAGCAGAUGGGCGAUUCUCUCAAGAUCAUCACUGCCUUCUCUCGUGAGGGCGCCCAGAAGGUCUACGUUCAGCACCGUUUGAAGGAGAACGCCGAGCUUGUCAGUGACCUCCUCAAGCAAAAGGCAAACUUCUACGUUUGCGGUGAUGCCGCCAACAUGGCCCGUGAGGUCAACCUGGUGUUGGGCCACAUCCUUGCCGAGCAGCGCGGUCUGCCUGCCGACAAGGGCGAGGAGAUGGUUAAGCACAUGCGGAGUAGCGGCAGCUACCAGGAGGAUGUCUGGUCAUGAUUAAUGAUCCUGCUUUUUUUCUUUGUUACAGUCUCGAGUUCUGUUCCCCUCCAUCUCCCGUCCUGCAGUGUAGUCAUAUCUCCCCUACCUUCUAUCCUCCCCCCCUCCUCCCCUUGACGUCUAGAUGACCCAGCAUAUACAUAUAUUCUCGGCUCUGUGUCCGCUGAAUAGGUACGUUUUCAGUUCUUGGCGGGCUUAUGUAUGCCAAUCGUUGUUAUUCGUUUUCAUUGCUUUCCUUUCUUCCGGCGUUGUUACUUUCUGUUUUCAUCUUUCAGCCUCGAUUCAUGGCCAGAUUAUCUCCAUGGAGGUUCUCCAGCGUUUCGUUUCUGUUUGGAACAGGGAAUAUUUGCAAGUACGGUGAACGGAUGAUUUCUUCGGUAGACUUCGUUGAAUUUUACUCAAAAGAAAUUUAAUUGAUUGGCUUUCCAAUUUCCAAGGUGCUUUCUUUUCCAUCUAUCUAUUUUGUGCUCCUUAGGUCAACUCCAC